UUUCAGCGCCGAACGCGACGGUUCAGUUUUAGCGGUUUCUUCCGAAGAAGCGGAUCGAAUUCUCUGCCCGCGAUUUUUUCAAUAAUUAAUGCAAGCUCGCGAAAAAUAGUAAUAUAUUAAAGUCACAACAAUAAUCAACACCCAAGUCCAGUUUAAAGCCGAAACCUGUUCUCGAAUAACGUGAACAAAGCAUUCCCCACUCUCUAAAGUAAGUCCACAAAAUGGGAACGAAGAUCGAGUACGUGGACACCACGCAUCUGUACGCCUCCAAGUACAUCCGCAACUCCAAGGCGAUCGGCGUUUUAUGGGCCAUCUUCACCAUUUGCUAUGCCAUCAUCGGCAUCGUAGCUUUCGUGACACCAGAGUGGAUCGGUGAUCCGGAUAACGAUGGAGCUGGUCGUCUCGGUCUGUGGCAGCAGUGCCAGCGGGACGAGAUCUUCGACAACUGCCGCCGACGAUGGGAAAGCAUCUUCGAAGUGCCCACAUUCUCCUUUCAGUUGGCCACAUUCUUUAUGCUGGGCGCCAUUGCUCUGGCCUUGUUGACCAUAUUCUUCUUGGUUUGUUUGCUGUUUAUGAAGUCAACGCGUGUUUUCCACCUUUGCGGUUGGAUGCAAAUUAUAUCAGCUUUGUGUAUGAUUGUGGCCUGUGCGGCGUUUCCCUUUGGCUGGAACUCGGAUGAUUUCCGUAAGAUCUGUGGCCCGGAAGCGAAUCGCUUUGAGCUUGGCUUGUGCGGCAUUCGUUGGGCUUAUCCACUGGCCAUAAUCGGUUGCAUAGAUGGUGUGGUCUUGGCCACUUUGGCGUUCAUCUUGGCCACGAGGCACGUGCGCCUGCAGCCAGAUCCGAUUUAUCAGAACUCGCUGUACAAAGGUGAAAUCAACAAUGCGUAUCUCACAGAUGCCAUUAGUCUGGCGGGUUCGAGGAAAUCCAAUCCACGGAUUACUGGCUUGAAUUUGCAGCCCAUUCUGCUGGUGGCUCCGCCAAAUGAAGAUAGUAUAUCGCAAUUUUCUCGUUAUCACUGAGGAAAAACAUUCAAACAGCCAAGAUAACAACCAACCAAGCUUAGUGCGUGCAAGAACCCGAGGUGUGAGACUCAGCUUACAGUUUUUUACCCAAAUUUGUUGAGUUUUACAUUUGAAAACGUUUUUCGCCGCAUACUUUUAGCUGGAAUUAUGAAAGUGCAUGUGGAUUUGUGUGAAAGUCAAAGAGUGAAUGAUUUUGUAUAUGCCACUUUGCCCGACUGAAUGCCAACUUGUAGUUGUAAGCUUGGAUCUUAAACUCUAAUUUAACAUUUCGUGUGAAUAGCUUGUGCCUAAAUGUAUGCUUCGAUUAAGUUAAAAAUUAACAGAGCCACUCAAAAGCUCUGCCUGUAAAUUAUAUACGCAUAAACAAUAAACGUGUACAAAUAUUAAACAUAAAA